AUGCAGCCAUCUUCUUUCCCAAGUGCCGCACUCACCUAUGACGGGACCGAUCCUUUUCGCGUUCUACCUCAAUUUGCCAGUAAGGGCGUGUCAUCAGUAGACCUAAUUCGACAGUCCACUCGAUACUUCGUAGCCUCAACGACCCUCGAUGUUUGGGUUCCCAUAGUCAUGACACAUCCACAUGCGCUCCUCAGCACUUGCUGCGUUACAAGCACCUAUGUUGAUAUGAUGAACGGUCUUAAGACUGACAGCGAAAGGAGCACUCUGAUUAAGAACGAAUCAAUCAUCUGGAUCAAUCGUGAGCUUUCGAAUCUAGCAACUCAGACUACCGAUAUGACCAUCAUCUUAAUACUUCAUCUCCUUGCGGGCGAACUUCGAAACUGUGAUGAAAAUGUAUUCAGAAUCCAUGAGUCAGGUAUUGAACGUAUCAUAGUGCAAAGAGGAGGCAUGGAUAAGCUUGGUUGGGACGGUGUGGUGGCCGGACUGACUGUAUCUGUUAUUUAUGACAUCUAUAUCUUCACAGAACGACAGCCAGCUGCCAUGUUUCAAAGCUACAUACCAAAACGCUCCAAUCCUCUCAAGACAUCGACCGCCAUCCCCGAAUCUCCAUUCUACUGCCCACGCUCCGAAUUCUUCACCAUCGCCGCAAGCCCUCUCUGCACUGAGCAGAUCUACAACAUCCUUGCAGAUAUGCGUGACCUCACUGAGGUUUUCAUGUCCCAUUACAAUACUCCAUCUACCGCCACAGCAGCCUACGAAAGCAAACUCAAUGCUUUCCAAUCCCGACUCUCUCAGCAUCCAUCUGCUCACAUCUUGAACCACGCCCACACCCACAACUGGCUCUACGAAAGCAUUCGCCUCGCCGCCGUCAUCUACACCACCGCUCUCGUGAACCGCAUCCCCCUUUCCGCCGCUUCGUAUUUCCCCGAUGCUGCCCUCACCACCUUAGACACAGCCUCAUUCGCGACCCACCCAACCAAUCUCGCCAUAUCCCUCUACGAGGCUAUGAAACGCACGGAUAUGAGUUCAUGCUGGGGCGGUCUCAGCGGCGUCUUCUUCUGCAUUAGUCUUAUCGGCGCCACUGCGGCAAGGACGACGGGCUCGGAGGCCUCAUUCCCCCCCUUGCCAUCACCGCGGGAUAAAGAGCGCAGACAAUGGGCACGCCGGUGCAUGAUCAUGUACACGACGCGCGUACGAACGGUGCUAGUCUUCGGCCACCCCGUCGCGACGAUUGCGGCACAAAAGCGGCUUUUAGCCGUCAUGGAGGUGCUGGGGCGGGGCUGGUGUCAGUGA